AUGGCCACCGCGUCCGCAGCCUCCUCGAGCGCCGCGCAGCACGCCUGGCUUAGCUCCACGGCCGCAGGCAUAUCCUCGAGCGCCACCGCCGCCGCCCUCCCCUCCUUCUUUUUCAUCGUUGCAGUGUUACGGCCACCCUUAGCAGAGGCGGUGGCCUCCCUGAGCAGCGCCAGGUACUCGCCCACUUCAAGGGCGCUCUUGGUCCGUACGCGCGCCGCGAUCCCGGCGACGUCGUCGGGCCCGAGACGCGAGAGAGCCUCGAAAAAUAGGAGUUUUUCUGCCUCGCUCCAGUACGCCAGGCCAAUCUGCGAGGCGGGCAGCGCGGUACCAUCGCCGCCAUCUCCGUCCCCCGCAGCGACUUCCCAGAGGCUCACUCUGCGUGACUACCAAGAAGAGUGUAUCCAGUCAGUAUUGUCCUCCCUGGAAAAGGGUCAAAAGCGGUUGGGUGUGUCUUUGGCUACUGGUAGCGGCAAGACGGUCAUCUUCACUCAACUCAUUGGCCGGGUCAAACCUCGUUCGGAGAUAGCAACUCAGACCCUCAUUCUGGCACACCGGCGAGAGCUUGUUGAGCAGGCCGCCCGCCACUGCUCCCGGACAUAUCCAGACAAGACUAUCGAACUUGAGCUCGGCAAGCUGUCGGCGUCCGGUACCGCCGACAUCACCGUGGCCAGCUUGCAGAGCAUCUUGUCCAAGGACCGCUUUUUGAAGUUUGAUCCCAAGAGGUUUAAGCUAGUCCUGGUCGACGAAGCCCAUCAUAUUGUCGCCCCCGGCUACCUGAAGGUGCUGGAACACCUCGGCCUAAGGACGAAGCAGCCUGACUCUCCACACCUGGUCGGCGUGUCCGCCACGUUUUCCCGUUUCGAUGGCCUGAAGCUGGGUGCUGUCAUUGAUGAGAUCGUCUACCACAAAGACUACGUGGACAUGAUCGGCGAGAAGUGGCUCAGCGAUGUUAUCUUCACCACCGUCGAAAGCAAGGCCGACCUGUCCAAGGUCAAGAGGAAGAAGGGGAAAGGGGGCAGUGGAGACUUCGACACCAAUUCUUUAUCGAAAGCUGUCAACACAGUGGAGCUUAACGAUAUCGUGGUCCGAGCUUGGUUUGCCAAAGCCGCUGGGAGAAAGUCGACCUUGGUGUUUUGCGUCGACCUCAAUCAUGUCGCCGCCCUGACCCAAAGAUUCCGUCACUACGGCGUUGAUGCGAGAUUUGUAACAGGCGACACCCCAGCCCGCGACAGAGCUGAGCGCCUGGAUGCCUUCAAGAAGGGCGAGUUCCCCGUACUCAUCAACUGCGGUGUGUUUACCGAGGGAACUGAUAUUCCCAACAUCGACUGCAUCGUCCUGGCUCGCCCGACUCGGUCACGGAAUCUUCUGAUCCAGAUGAUCGGACGCGGCAUGAGACUGCACGCUGGCAAGCAAAAUUGCCACAUCAUCGACAUGGUUGCCGGGCUCGAAACAGGCAUCGUCACCACUCCCACCUUGUUCGGAUUGGACCCUGACGAAUUGGUGAACGAGGCAACCGCUGACAAGAUGUACGAACUGGCGGACCGCAAGGAGGCAGAAAAGGCGAGGGAAGCGCAAGCCCGGAAGCGUCUUACGGGCACCGAGUCGACGGGGCAUUCCUAUAAUGUUACCUUUACCGAGUAUGACUCCGUCUUCGACCUGAUCGCCGACACAUCUGGUGAGAAACACAUCCGCUCAAUCAGCCCACACUCCUGGGUCCAGGUAGCCCCAGACAGGUUUAUUCUCAGUGGCCCUGGGGGAACGUACCUGAAGCUGGAGCGGAUCCCCGAUGCGGGGCCAGAAGCCCCCAAGUACAGAGCGUGGGAAGUGAGGGCUCUGCCGCCGGCUGUGUCGAAAUCCCCCUAUGCCGCUCCGCGCGAGGUGCUGAGUGCGAUGACUUUCACGGAUGCUGUGCAUGGCUGCGACAAGUACGCCAGUGAGAACUACCCCUUCUUUAUUAUCGGGGCGAGACUGCCGUGGAGGAAGGCGCCAGCCACCGAAGAGCAGCUCAAGUUCUUGAACAAGCUCAGAGCUGCGGACGACAAGCUGAGUCCAGAAGACGUCACUAAAGGCAAGGCAGCCGAUAUGAUUACCAAAAUAAAGCACGGAGCUCGGGGCCGGUUUGCCAGCAUCGAAGCAGCUAGGAGAAGACGGCAGAAGUCCGCCAUCGCCGAUGAAUUGCACCGUGCAAGGAAACUCAACGAGCUGGUUUCAGUGGGGCCUUUAUCAGCAUGA